AUGGCGCUGCAGGUUCACCAGCUUUCUUACUCGCCCAUCACGGCGCAUGCAUUUAAUGCCGACAGAUCUAAGGUUGCUGUAUCUCCCAACUCAAACGAGAUAUGUAUCUAUGCACAGACCUCUACGGGCUGGGUCUUGGAGGAUACACUGUGCGAGCACGACAAGCUCGUCACGGGCCUUGACUGGGCAGCGAACACAAACAAGAUUGUGAGCUGCUCGCAGGACCGGAACGCGUACGUUUGGACACAGACGCUCGAUCCGCACACGGCCUUGCCGAUGUGGAAGCCUACGCUCGUGCUCCUGCGUCUGAAUCGGGGCGCGACAUGUGUGCGUUGGAGCCCGAAUGAGGACAAGUUUGCUGUAGCCAGCAGUGCACGCAUGAUUUCUGUCUGCUCGUUUGAAGAGGACAACGACUGGUGGGUUGCAAAGCACAUUAAGCGUCCUCUGCGCUCCACGGUGACGUCCUUGGCAUGGCACCCAAACAAUGUGCUGCUUGCCGCAGGCUCGACCGACUACUGCGCUCGUGUAUUUAGUGCAUACAUUAAAGGCGUCGAUGCGAAGCCGCCGCCGAGCGUGUGGGGCGAGCGAUUGCCGUUUGGGACUGUUUGUGGCGAGUUUACAACGCCCGCAAACGGUUGGGUCUACGGCGUGGCAUUCAGCCCCAGCGGCGAUGUGCUGGGCUUUGUCGGCCACGACGCAUCUAUCUCGAUUGUUUACCCCGCCGGCUCCGACGCGGCGCCUCACGCUACGCAUGUUAUUCGCACGCCGAGUCUUCCGUACGCCACGCUGGUCUUUACAAAAGAAACCGCGCUCGUUGCCGGGGGCCACGACUGCCAGCCGAUGGUGUUUGAGGGCGACAUGCAAUCUGGCUGGGCACUCUCGCGCAGUCUUGACACGCUUGGUGCCGCCGCGAGCAAACCCAAGCCGCCGCCACCGCCGCCCAAGGCUAAGGGCCUCACAGGCGGCGCGCCGGGCGUCGGCAGGCUGAACAACGAAGCAUUCAACCGGUUCCGUGCCGCAGAUUCGCGCGGUGCGAGUGCACCGCCUCCUACCGCCGAUGCCGAGGGCAACUCACUUGCGCUGGGUGCGGUGGCUGGCGCAAGCAUUGCCGAGGACGGCGAACUGCACACGACGCAUCAGAAUACAAUCACUAGCGUGCGUGUGUACAGCGGAGCUCGUGACAAUGUACAGGCUGUGAGUACCAGCGGUGUUGACGGUUGCCUGUGCAUAUUUGAUGUAAACAAAGGCAGCGCCGCUGUUGGCAGCUUGCUCAAAGGCGUGGCGAGUAUGCAGGUGUAA